AUGAAGUCGUUCAUUGCGCUGGUCCUGUGUGUUGCAGCCUUUGCGACCCAAACGUUUGCACUUCCCACUGAUUGCGUGAAGCAUGCUUCCAACGUGGACCGCCACACCGUCCGGCUGUACGAUACCCAAGGGCUUCACUACGAGCUAGGUGCAAACUGUCUUGCUAAGCAAUUUCAUCCAACGGAAGUUUUGAACUAUCCCCGCCGAAGCUGCAGCUGUGGCAAUUGUUUCUCCUGCAGAAACUCGUACUACCCGCACCACCCAUACCAUUACGGGUAUGAGCCAUACUGGUCACGCCAGGCAUUCUAA